UUUGCCUCUGAAAAUAGCAUUGUCGAAAUCCAUUUUCUUCUUCACGCCAAAGCUACUGCUGAAUCUUUGAUAACAACGAUUUUUUCGUUGCCUCUUAUUUUGAGUUUUCAUACCGAAUCUGUCAGAUGUUUCUUGUGAACGGUGCGAUGCUCUAUUUUAUUAUUCUACUGGUUACCUUGACUGGCUGUGGGGUGCAAACUGCGCAUGCAAAUUACUUUGGCAACUGUGAUUACUAUGUUCAAUUGGAUGCAAACGAAGGAAAAUCCGUGAUUAAUCCCGGCGGCUAUGUCAGCAUCUUGGGAUAUUUUGGAUAUUUUGGCUUCUUUGAUCCCGGUUCAGCGUGUCGAUAUUUUAUUGAGUGUCCACGAAAUUACGUGAUUCGACUUUAUUGCUAUCUCAACAUUGCGGUUACGGGUGAAGGCAAUGAUUGUAAAACCGAACAGUUUCGAGUAUUAGACGAUGGAACGAACCAAAUUUUAGACAGGGGCACAUAUUUCUGCGGUCAAGGUGUCGUUAAAAUUCAAUCACGAGCCAAUUUUAUUACCUUUGGUCAUACCUCAUCGUACUACAGCGGCAGAUAUAAUUGUACACUUGUAUCAAUGUUUCGGAAUCCAUUCUCGAUCACAUGAAAAGUAAUAGCGAAACAAGUCGCCUUGAUAUCGCAAUUUAUUGCGGAACAUUUAUUGAAGUUGAAAUGAGCCAGAGUUUUUUUUUAAAAUAAUUUUAAUAAAAUUGAAUCAAGAGUGAGAUAAGUUGAUUAAAUA